AUGGGAUCCGGAGGUAGAAUGGACUGCUGCGGGCAGUGCGUAAAGUACAGCAUGUUUGUGGCCAACUUUGUCAUCUUCCUCGGUGGCGCAAUCGUGUUUGGGUUGGGUAUCUGGACACUGGUGGACAAACACUUCAUCAACGAGCUGCUCGGUACGAAUCUGUUCUCCGGCGCGGUGUACGUGCUGAUUGCCACCUCCGCCCUGGUUUGUCUGCUGUCGUUCUUCGGAUGCAUGGGUGCGGCUAAGGAGUACAAGUGUAUGCUACUGACGUACUUCAUACUGGUGUUCCUCAUCUUCGUGACGAUGCUGAUCGGUGGCAUCCUUGGGUACGUUUUCCGCGAGAAGGUGUCGCAAACGAUGGGCGACGAGAUGCGCUCGUCGAUGAGUUUGUACGGUACGCGGCGCACCAUUACGACGGCGUGGGACGAAACACAGCAGCGGCUCAAGUGCUGCGGCGUCAAGAGCUACAGCGACUGGCGCGGUGACAUCCCGCAGUCGUGCUGCCAGCGCACGCUGGACGGCUACAAACCGUGCAUCGAAAAUCCGAGCCCGGAAAACAUCUACAUCAACGGUUGUCUCGAGAUCACGUCCAGCUACAUACGGGAUAAUGCGGCCAUCAUCGGUGGUGGCGGCAUUGGUGUCGCGGUGCUGCUGAUAUUCGGCAUGAUAUUCUCGUGCUCACUGUUCCGGAUGAUUGAAUAA